AACAUACAAAUUGUCCCCAGUAUGCCACCGCCUCCUCCUCUAUGCCAUUCGCCCCUACUUGCCCACCAUCCCUUGUCAAGGGCUGCCUGUGUAGCAGAAUCUCUCCUCAGCGAACCAGAACCGCCCGCACAGCGCACCGAACCGCCUACUUCGAACCCUGACGUCUCUUUUCAUCAAAUGUGGCUCUAAAAUGCAGAGGUGUUUGGUGUGCUGCACUCCCGCCUCUUAUACUGGACCCCACCUCUCUACACUGCAUCCGGAAGCCCAUUUUUCGACUGAGCUGCAUAUAAUAAAGCCAAAUAAGGCAACUGUGCGCAAACAGCAAGCCAUUUGUUAAGCCAAGGUGCAUCUGGUGCUCUGCGGUUAGCUAGUUAGAAAUGCUGGAACGUGUCAAUUCUCAGCCUCACCGGUUCC